GCACUACGUAGGCCCAAGGUCCAAGGAAGAGCCAGACAGAGUAACAGCCUAACUGGCCCAGGGAUUAAGUCCAGCUUAGGAAAACAGGAGAAGAGGCGCUGUGGCCCAAAAAUACGAUCGAUCUCGUUCUCGAGGGCACGAUCGAUCGGCGGCAGCCGGCAGGAGCUCUCCGGCGGGAGGCGCGGAGCCCGGGCACGUCCGCACGUGCCCUAGGUGCCCCCACGGUGAAUUCGCCGAUGGUUCUUCCCCGACUCCGACCGCCGCGCCGUGGUCUUGAUCUCCGUCGUCGCUCUGCCGCUGCUAUGGUGGACCUCACCGUCGACGGUUACCAGAGUCUUGCCGGAAAUUAACCCAAUUCUAACGGCUACAUUCAACGACGUGGCCGGGGUGGCGUUCGCGGGACCGCGCUUGAGUGGAAGGGUCCUUCGUCGGGGAGGCGGCGGCGGCGGCAUGAGCUCCAGCGGGAGCAACCACGGCGUGGCGCAGUCAGAAAAGACAAACUCCCUCAACCCAUGGUCCACCUCCAGCUUUUCCCUGCACUCACACUGCAGCACACCUCCAAGAUCUCUAGGAGAUGGCGGCUACACAAUCACCUUCAACCUGAGGAAGCUGAUGCAAGAAGUAGGAAGAACAGACGUGGGCCCAGGCUAAAAAUAAUAAUCAGAACCGUCGAUCCGGACGGGAGCACCAAUGGGAGCAGGCAAGCCGCGUCCAGAAAGACAAGUCCAGAGAGCGAAAAUUCUCGAGGGUGCCUGAGUAUGUCUUGUAUGAUUACUCUCUUUGAAUCAAAGGCUUCUUGCACUUUAUGAUAAUAUGACCUAAUGCCCUGCUUCUCAUUGUCUGACAACUCAGAUAAACCCCUGUUUUUACCAAGGAGGAUGGUACCUUCAAAGGUUUCCCUGGAAAGAUUUGAAGCUGCUGUCACAUCUAUGCAUGCUAUUGGAAUCCAGAGCGAAACUGUCACACCAGUGUUAGAGAAUCUACUAAAGUUGUACGAUUACAACUGGGAGUAUAUAGAAGCUGAUAAUUUUCGGGUCCUAACCGAUGCUAUAUUUGAUGAUCCAGAUCCCAAAGAAGAACAUAAAACGCAAGCUAACAAGAGGACUAAUCUUGAUUCGAACCACUAUAAGAAGAAGCUUAGGAUAAAGCAUCAUUAUGAUAGUCGUACAUCCAAGAUGAAUGUCCAUAACAGGAGAGAGUUAGCUGAAGCUCCAGUGCAGGAAGUAGGCAAGCUGUGCCCUCAAAUUGUCUGCGAGGGGAAAAUCACUAGAAGCAAAUCACGGUUACUGAUUAAAGAACAAAAUAUGGAAAUCAAGGUACCGGAGGAUACACAGACAGAUGAAGAUUCCAGCCAUCAUGGAGGGUACAAAGAUGCACUCACGAUUUCUGGUUUACCGCAUGCUGACAAGGAAGCUUUUGUUGCUCACGGAAGAAACAUGUCUGAUGCAUGUUGCAGCCCAGCAAUCACAAGCAACAAAGGUUUUUCAACCAACUUUGAUGUAGCCUCGUCAAAGUCUGGUACAGGGAAACUAUCGUUUACAUACAACUCUUCCCUGGCACAUCAUCCUGAUUUCCAGGUGCCUGAUAUGGAGUUGGUAUGCAAGGAAAUGGACGCUAGAUGCCUCAGGAAAUUCAAGAUCCUAGAACCCAAUUUCUCUUUCAUGAAACUUCUAGAAGAUACUUGCCAGUGUAUUGUUGACAUGGGCUGUGAAUCUAGUGGACCUAGAGAAAGAGGAAUUGUACAAAUAGUUCCUGCAAUAGACUAUUUGUCUAAGCCUUCAGUGCCACGGGAAUUGCAGUCAAAUCAAGCUGGUUCCCCAUGUAUGCCACCUAAUAAUCACAUGAUUCUUGGUGGUAUUCACUCUUCUAGUGCUGUUCCAAAGGUACCACAUCAUGAUGUUAAUGACAUAACAAAAGGGGAAGAACGUCUGAGUAUUCCCAUAGUUAAUGAAACUGGCAAUGGGAUUCUUCCUCCUCCCUUUCACUACAUACCACGCAAUAUUGCUUUCCAGAAUGCCUAUAUCGAUCUUUCGCUUGCUAGAAUCGGAGAUGAAAGUUGUUGUUCAGACUGCUAUGGAGAUUGUCUUGCACAACCACUUCCUUGUGCAUGUGCAACAGAAACUGGAGGAGAGUUUGCUUAUACACGAGAUGGCCUGCUUAAGGAAGGAUUUCUGGACUUUUGCGUCUCAAUGAUUCAAGAACCAGAUAAACAUCAUCUAUACCGCUGCAAAGAUUGUCCAUAUGAACGACUGAAGACAGAGACGAAUUCUAAUUCAUCAAACACCAAAGUGAAUCCUGGUCCUUGUAAAGGACACCUUAUAAGGAAAUUUAUUAAGGAAUGCUGGAGCAAAUGUGGCUGCACCAAAAAUUGUGGGAAUCGUGUGGUGCAGCGAGGCAUUACUCAGCAUCUACAGGUGUUUUUAACCUCUGGCGAUAAAGGAUGGGGAUUGCGGGCUGCUGAGGAACUUCCUCGAGGCGCCUUUAUUUGUGAGUCUGUUGGUGAAAUAUUAACGAACACUGAGCUGUAUGAGCGAACGAAUCAAAAGACUACCGAAUCAAGGCAUAAAUACCCUGUGUUGCUUGAUGCUGAUUGGGUCACUGAAAGUGUUCUAGAGGAUGACCAUGCCCUCUGUCUAGAUGCCACCUUUUAUGGGAACGUGGCAAGGUUUAUAAACCAUAGGUGCUUUGAUGCUAACAUUAUUGGAAUACCUGUUGAAAUUGAGACACCGGAUCACCACUACUACCAUUUGGCGUUUUUCACGACAAGGAAAAUAGAGCCUUUUGAAGAACUGACAUGGGACUAUGGAAUUGAUUUUUACGAUGUCAACCACCCUAUCAAGGCUUUCCAAUGUCAGUGUGGGAGCGAACAUUGCCGCGACCCAUCAAGCAUCUCAAGAUCUAAAUCCAGAGCGCCGGUGUUACUAUGAGUGUUGUCGUUGAAGGGAGAUUCAAGCCAAAAAGGAGAUUCAGGACAACAUUAGGAUCCUGCAAAGUCUAUUCGAAAUCUUGUGACUGUAGGUGAUGUUUUGCUCUAUCUGGGACAAAUGUUUCAAAUUACUGACUCCUUACCUACAUAUGUUGGGAUUGCUCAUCAAGAACUUGUCCUAACAAGCUUGCUUCCAAGCACCAUAUUUUGGUUGCCCUUGAUUCUAUUUGGAACGAAUAUGUAAAAAAUUACAAAUAUGGAUCAUCUUCCAUGGUCCAACCUGGAAACCUUGUGUCAUUGAUUUGAUCUUCUAUGGUUGUAUCACUGAUUGGAUACAUCCCGUGGGAGACGGAGGUGGCAAGUCUGUGCCCCAAAAUUGUUACCUCCUCUGAUCCAUAAUAAAUGUCGAGGAUUUAGUACAAAGUUACACUUAUUAUAAAUGGUUACUUUUUUUUUAUGAUA